AUGCUCGACUUUAUUUUUGGCGUAUCGCAUCCUGGCCAUUGGCACGCAUUGAACAUGCAUCAGAAUCCUCACCAUUACUCGGGCGUUCGGAUGCUAGGCUCAAGCACCGUUGCUGCGUUGCAGGAUAAAGUGGGUGCUGGCGUUUACUUUAAUCCGUAUGUCGAAAUUGACGGUGUGAUGAUCAAAUAUGGUGUUGUCUCGAUCGAUAAGCUAUGCAAAGAUUUGAUUGAUUGGAAAACCCUAUACCUUGCAGGUCGAAUGCAUAAGCCGGUGAAAAUCCUGCGGGAUGACGCACGUGUUCGUCUUGCGAACCAAGUCAAUUUGACCGAAGCCGUGCGGGUGGCUCUGCUGACACUUCCCGAAAAGUUUAGCGAGGAUGAGCUAUUUGAGCGGAUUGCGGGCAUCAGCUACACUGGCGACUUUCGAAUGAUUGUGGGAGAGAAUCCGAACAAGAUUCGGAACAUUGUUCAUGCACAACUUCCACAUUUCCAUCGGCUUUAUUUUGGUCUUUUGGAUGAUCUUCCCAACGUGGCUAUCUUAUCAAACGGCCAGUAUCAGCAAAACUUAAAUCCGCAUUUCCGCGGUCUCAUGGUGCAGAAAUUGCCGACUACGUUGUAUAGAAAGGUGCUGGAUGAACAUCGUAUCCAUUCUGUCCGCAACAAGGUCACAGUCCCGGAAGAUAAAUUGGAGUUGCAUCGACAGAUUGCUUCUUCGCCCGAAUUGACGCAGUACAUUAACACAAGUCUACGGCAAAUUGUCGCCGGCCCGGCCAUGUCUCAAAGUGUCAAGGGUAUCUUCACUGCUGGUCCUUUAAAGACGACCCGUUAUGCAUUGGAGAAGCUGCUAAAAUGGAAGCAGGCCAAACAAUAA